UUGGGAAGCCGGCUAGCCAGAUGCUAUAUCGGAGGCGAAAAGAAGUGCAACUUUAGGAGAAAUUCCAUGCGGUAUCUUUCAGACUAACCAUUAAAUUUCUAAGUAAUCAUUAGCUUCAUUUUUUGAGCUUACAAUGUUGUGUUUAAGCGGUUUCUCUGUGGCGAUCGCCUUUGUAUUAACGCCUAGUAUCGUUAGUGGAGCUUUGAAGGAAGGCGAGUGCGAAGUAUGUGUCACCUUUCUGGGGAAAUUUUACCAGUCUCUGAAAGACAACGACGUGAAAUUCACGAGCGCAGACAUUGAGAAUGCGUUGGUCAAAACCUGUAAAGACGCUAAAGGGAAAGACAACAGGCUGUGCUACUACAUCGGAGCGACAAGUGAUGCAGCCACCAAAAUUAUCAAUGAAGUUUCCAAGCCUCUGAGCUACCACGUGCCCGUGGAAAAGGUCUGCGAGAAGCUGAAGAAAAAAGACAGCCAGAUUUGUGAACUCCGAUACGACAAACAGCUGGACCUGAGCACAGUGGACCUGAAGAAGCUGAAGGUGAAGGACCUGAAGAAGAUUCUGGAAGAGUGGGGUGAGGGCUGCAAGGGCUGUGUGGAGAAGUCUGACUUCAUCCGCAAGAUUAAUGAACUCAUGCCGAAAUACGCCCCCAAUGCGGCCAAGACACGGACAGAUCUCUGAGCUCCUGCGGAAGACCAUUCCUGGGGUCAGACAGCCCCCUCCUCUCAUGGACCACCUGAGAAAGACUGCUGUAUAUGACUGUAGUUUCUUGUUAAAGGGAUAGGCUUUUUUAUAACUUAUGGCAAAAUGGUAUCUUCAACUCAGAACAGGAAAAGACACGUGCUUGCUGUGUCAGAUUGGAAGAAGAGCUGGUGUUUCUCUCCCACACUCACUUUUGAUGUUCAGCUGGUUUCUUAUGUAUGAAAAUGUGCAGGAAUUCUUUUUUUUUAAUAAAAAGAAAGUGAACAUGGACAGAAGUCCCUUUGAGAAGCUCCAAGGAUGUGAUGAUGUAAACAUGCAUUUACUGCUGUUGGUUUAGCUUCUGACUCAGCCUUGUGCCCGUUGAUUGGUCAGUAAAGGGUACUGCCACACAAGAUGCACUGUAUUCUGACCACAGACAGGCAACGAUUAAAAUGCGUACAUUACAUUUCUGUUUUUUAGUAUGUAUUGCCGUGCACUGCAUACCUCUUGCAGCAGGUCAACACGUGUGCAGCUAAUGCGCAGUGUAGGCAGGGUAAGUGCACACCUGUGCACACCUGGGCGUUAUGGAGGGGGGGGGGGGGUGUUAAAGAAAAUGCAAGAUGGAACUUUCAAAACAAAAGCCUUUUGUAAAGUAUUCAGUGUAUGUUUGAAUUGACCAGUAUGAUUUACAGUUAUGACCACUGAUAUGUUUGUGUAUUUUAGCUGUUGAUUGCAGGGAUGGAUGAUCCCUACCUGCAUAAGUGUGUGCAAUUAACCCUUUCUGUGCUGAAAAGCCCCUUAUCUCAUCUGAGAAACACGUCUACAAGAGGUUGUUCCUCUGACAGGCAGUUCUUAUGUUCAUUCAAAAACACAUCAACAGAAUUCAAACAGUUCAAAAUAAAAUGCUUC